GCCGCACCUGGGCGUUCGACGUAAAACUCCGAGGCGGCCGAAGCCAAUAGCCGGAGAGUUGGGCGGUGGCAGGACGCAAGCGCGGAGAGUUCAGGGGUGGCCGCGAGAGGAGGCGAUGGUGGCCGGGUAGGUCCAAACUUCGUCCGGUGUCGCUUUAGGAGGAGCUGGCGGCGCUGGGAGCAGGGCCAUGGCUGUUAUGAUACAACCAAGGAUUUCUACGCUAUAUUUCCUCUGUUGCCUAGUCCUUGCGUCUUCUAUGUCCUCUUUUGCAGAGGACCAUGCAGAUGGGAGUCAUCAGGCAAACGUGCGUCUUGAUAAGAACAUGGUACAAGAUAAGGACCACAUCAUGGAACAUUUAGAAGGCGUCAUUGACAAACCAGAAUCUGAGAUGUCGCCACAAGAGCUGCAGCUUCAUUACUUCAAAAUGCACGACUACGAUGGCAACAAUCUGCUUGAUGGGCUUGAACUUGCCACCGCCAUCUCACAUGUACACAAAGAGGAAGGUGGAGAACACACCCAGACAAUGAAAGAUGAGGAGUUAAUUAGUUUGAUAGACGGCGUCUUGCGUGAUGAUGAUAAAAAUAAUGAUGGCUACAUUGACUAUGCUGAGUUUGCAAAGUCACUGGAAUGAUGAU